UAUAAACCCCAAACCCUCGAACUGAACGCGAGGCUGGCGUGCUUUGCUGUUCCGUUGCUUCUCACUUCGCUUACGCCAUGUAUCGGGCAGCCGCCGCCGUCGCUUCCUCUGCGCUCAGGCGAUCCUCGUCGUGGAAACAGAUUGGGAAUGGUGGUGGAAUUGUUUUCGCACGGAGCUACGCUGCAAAAGACAUAAACUUUGGAGCAGGAGCUCGGGCUGCAAUGCUACAAGGAGUCAGCGAACUCGCUGAGGCUGUUAAGGUUACCAUGGGCCCCAAGGGUCGGACUGUGAUUAUUGAGAAAAAUCGAGGAGAUGUGAAAGUUACAAAAGAUGGGGUAACCGUUGCCAAAAGUAUUGAAUUUAAGGAGAGAUUUAAAAAUGUUGGUGCAGAUCUUGUGAAGCAAGUUGCUAAGGCCACUAACUCUGCUGCAGGAGAUGGUACAACUUGUGCGACUGUUCUAACUCAAGCAAUACUAGUUGAAGGUUGCAAAUCAGUGGCAGCAGGGGUUAAUGUCAUGGACUUGCGUCGUGGCAUUAAUAUAGCAGUUGAUGCUGUUAUUUCUCAUUUGAGAAAACAAGUCUGGAUGAUUAGUAGUUCAGAAGAAAUUACUCAGGUUGCUACCAUUUCUGCAAAUAGUGAACGAGAAAUUGGUGAAUUGAUUGCUAGAGCGAUGGACAAAGUUGGAAAAGAUGGAGUCAUCACUGUCUCUGUUGGAAAUACAUUAGAAAAUGAGAUGGAGGUGGUGGAAGGAAUGAAACUUGGAAGGGGUUACAUAUCACCAUAUUUCAUUACGGAUGUAAUGACCCAAAAAUGUGAGCUAGAAAAUUCACUGAUUCUUAUUCACGAUAAGAAGAUUUCAGACAUGAAUUCUCUUUUACCAGUAUUGGAGAUUGCUUUGAAGACAAAAAGAUCACUUCUAAUUGUUAGUGAGGAUGUUGUAGAUGAUGCUCUAGCUAUGCUGUUGCUGAAUAAGCGCCGGGCUGGUCUUAAGGUUUGUGCUAUUAAGGCCCCUGGUUUUGGUGAAAAUAGACGUGCCAAUUUGGAGGAUCUUGCCAUACUUACAGGAGGGGAGGUAAUUACAGAGGAUCGUGGUCUGAACCUUAGCAAAGUCAAACUAGAAAAACUUGGUACAGCUAAAAAGGUAACUAUCUCUCUUGAUGAUACUAUUAUUCUACAUGGUGGAGGUGACAAAAAACUGAUUGAAGAAAGAUGUGCAACGCUUAGAACAGCAAUCGAGAAAAGUGCAGCUUUGUUUGAUAAGGAAAAAGCACAAGAACGUUUGUCAAAGCUCUCUGGAGGAGUAGCCAUUCUUAAGAUUGGUGGAGCAAGCGAGGCUGAAGUUGGUGAGAAAAAGGACAGGGUUAAAGAUGCUCUAAACGCUGCAAGGGCAGCUGUGGAAGAGGGAGUUUUACCAGGUGGUGGGGUUGCUCUCUUGUAUGCUGCAAAGGAGCUUGAUAAGAUUCAAACAUCCAAUGAUGACGAGAAAAUUGGAGUUCAGAUCAUUAAAAAUGCUCUAAAGGCACCUACUUUGACUAUUGCUGAAAAUGCUGGUGUUGAUGGUGCAUUAAUUGUUGGCAAAUUGCUUGAACAAGAGAAUCUGAAUUUAGGAUAUAAUGCUGCUACAGGUGAAUACGUUGACAUGGUAGAGGCUGGAAUCGUUGAUCCCCUAAAGGUCAUUAGAACUGCAUUAGUUGACGCUGCCAGUGUUUCCGUCUUGUUGACAACAACUGAAGCAGCAGUUGUUGAGCUUCCUGAUGGGAGAAGUGGUCGACCAGUCAGCCGCAUUCCAAGGAUGGAUGACAUGGAUUUGUGAAAGAAAGGAGUUUCAUCCAAACACAGGUACAUGACCUAAAAGAACAAGGGGGGAAAAACCAUGGCCAACUUGUGAACUAAUGGAAGAGUCCGAUAGCGUUAGAGUCAGACAAGUGCUUGUAUGUUGUAUGGGGCACUGUAACCAUUCCUGUUGUAUUGCGCUGGUGUUUGCUUGCGCCUUUGUUUUUUCUCUCGUUUCGGCUGAGCAUUUUGUGAUAUUCAAGGAUGAACUUUUGAACUUUUGAGCUGGUGGCAAUAAAAUGCAAGCAAACAAAGACAUUGGGGGUGCUCUAAUGGAUCGUUUUGAGUAAUCAAUGUCAUAGUGUUGGCAUCA